AUGUUAAAUAGCUCGUUAUAUUAAUCGCCAUAAACAAAAAAUUUGAAAAGUGUCGUUGCUCCCCAAUCCUCAAUAACAGAUAGGAAUGUUUCCCCUAGCAGAGCCAAGAUAGCUUAGCUUAGUGAAAAGUUAUCAGGAUUACAGAUUGAAGAGGAUAAAACAUUGAAAAAGGAAACUUAUGAAUCGAAGUUGAAGCUUUUUGAUGAGAAAUUUUAAAAGGCUUAUUAAAAUGAUUUAAGCAGACUCAAAAUUGUUCAAGACCAAUUAAGCAAAAUUGAAGAAGGAUUAACUAACGAAAAAAUAAUUAGAGAUUCAAGGGAUGAUAAUUUUAAGUAGAGAGACCUAAAGGGUUUAGAGCAGAAUAUAGUUAAGGAAUUACAAAAAGAUAAAGCAUUGAGAAGAGAAUCAGAAUAGAAAGUGGCCAGAUUAAUUGAUGAAAAGUCCUAUUAAUUCAGACUGGAAUUGGCCAAAUAAAAAAAAAUGAGAGAGGAAACAGAAGAAUAGUAUUCUAAUGAAAUCGGAGAAAGAGUCUUAAACUUAGCAGAAGAUGUGUAAAAUGAAAGAAGAGAAAGAGAAGCUGCAUGUUAAGAACUAAUUAGAAGAUUUGGAGAAUCUGUGUUUUAAAUACAGGAGACAUUGACUAAGGAGAAACGAUAAAGACAGGAAUCUCAAUCUUAGAUGUAUAGAAUGAUAGAUGAGAUGAAUAAUAUUUUACAUUUAUAGUUAUAAGAAGAGAAAGCUCAAAGAGAAGCUACGGAAGAAACUAUGCUUCGACUAUUGGAUGAGACAUGUAACAGAGUUGAGAACUCUCUAAGAAGAUGAUGAGAUUUCUAUUAUAUAGUUAAUUACAUUAUUAUAAAUAGUGAAUAUUUA